UAAAGAGGGAAGAUGUUCCGCUGGUUGUUAAAGUGGACGCUUUUCUUUUUCUGCACCGCCUCAUCUGAUGAUGCACCGGUGGAUUAUGGAGGCGAGUACGGCUCCGGGAUGCUGCAGACAGAUGAGGUGAACAUUCUGCUGGAGCUUUCUCUUCAGGUGUCAAACAGCAGUAACAUGUCCAUGACUGUGGAGGACAGCAGGUGUCCAGUUCUACAGGUGGGACAGUACUCCACCUUGGCUCUUCCUCUACAGCAGCUCUUCACUGACAGGUUUGCAGAUGAGUUCAGUUUACUGGUGCAGCUGCGAAGUCCUCAGAGAGAAGAACGCAGUGUGUUCACCAUUCUCAGCCCCGACAGCCAUGUGAUGAUGCAACUAAGGAUCAGUGCUUAUGCCAUCAUCUUCAUAGGAACACAGCAACGACACUAUGAGUUCCCAGUCAGUGGUCUGUCUGAUGGAAAGUGGCACCAUGUGGCCUUCAGCGUGUCUGCUGAGCGCCUGGCACUGUACGUGGACUGUUCUCUGCUGGAGAGUGUGGACUGGGUGUACCAUGGCAUGGGGAUCAGCACCAAUGGGCUGCUCAUGGUUGGAGGCAUUAUCAAGGGCUUUGAGACUCCAUUAGAAGGUCAUCUCAAACAGCUGACCUUCCUGAUGGGCAACCCUGACGCUGCCAAGCAACACUGCAGCCACCACCAGCCCCACUGUGGUGAGGCAGCUCCCAAGCCUCCUCGCUCCCCACGCACCAAUAAUCUGGAGAAUACAUUGCUGUCCUCAAAUGACCUAGCAGACCUGUUGGGGGAUUCCAAGGAUGAUUCAGUUCUGAGUUUUGGCAGAACUAAUGUGUUCCUGCACAAAGAUGGUUCUCCAGGGGAUGGGACUGUGCCUUCAGGACCCAGUUGGAAAGGUUCAGUGGUUCGUGGGGAAGUCUUUUUGGUGGACGAGGACACUGACUUGUUGGAUUCAGUUUUCCCAAAUGGCGGACAAGUGAACCCUCAAUGGAAGUCCCCCAGAAAUGGACUUAUAGGAAACCAGAAGGGGAAGCCUGAAGUGUCCUUCAAACAUUUGGAUGAGAAUAUUACCACAGAGAAGAAGACAGAUUCAAGUGAAAGGGCUUCACUGUUGUUCCACAGAAAACCUUCCGAUGACAUCAUUGAGCUGGACACUGAAAAUACCCCUAAGAAGUUCUCAGUGGGAUUUGCUCUACUUCCUAAGAGCUCACCAGAACCCCAAAUAUCCACAGACUCCAACAAACUAAGGGAGGAGACAGAUGAACAGACCAGGACUGUCUCACCUACACCCUAUAUCAUCACCCCUGGCCCAUCUGGAAAGGAAGUAGAUGGGGAAAGGGGGGGCAUAUCUAGACAGAGCACCACUGGCUAUGACAAGGAGCAUCCUAGAAUUGUGACCAUUGUAUACAGAGAUGGAGAUCUUGUCUGGGGCUCAGAUGGUAAAAUCUACCAGCUACAGAGAGGACCACCAGGCCGAAUGGGUCCUCCAGGGCCGGAAGGCUGUCCUGGUGAGCCUGGCCUGCCCGGGUUUAAAGGUGAUAAGGGUAAGAUGGGCCCUGAAGGAAGUCCAGGACAAAGGGGGGAACCAGGACCUCCUGGACCAGCAGGUUUGCCAACACUCUACCUGUGGAGGAACACCGCUGAGGAAUGGGCUGCCUUCCAGCAGACCAGUUUCUACCAGUUACUUCAUGCUGGAUGGCCUAGUAAAGAAGGGCCUGCAGGGUCACCUGGAGAGAUAGGCAAGCCCGGCAUACAGGGGCCACCUGGUGAACCUGGGGAGCGUGGACAACCAGGGAUGCCAGGAGAGAUGGGUGAGCAGGGUGCCAGGGGCCCUCCAGGACGAGGUGGGGCCCCAGGGAGAGAUGGAGAAAAUGGAGAAGAUGGUCAGCCCGGCUCACCUGGUGCUCCUGGAUCACAGGGCCCCUGGGGAUACAGGGGAGAGCGAGGGUCCAAAGGAGAAGAAGGUGAAGAGGGUCUUAUUGGCCUCAGGGGUCCACAAGGGGAAAUUGGUGAACCUGGUGAGAAGGGCUCAGAUGGUUUACCUGGCCCACCUGGUGUCAUCGGACCUCCAGGGCCUCAGGGGGUCCGAGGUGGCUACGGGCCAGAGGGGCCAUGCGGGCCUGAUGGGCCGAGCGGACUGCACGGCCUCCCUGGUCUGCCAGGGCCAAUGGGUGCAGCAGGUGUUACAGGACGAGUUGGAGCACAAGGGGUUAAUGGCUCAAGGGGGGACACGGGCCCUGCUGGCAGUGUUGGCCCCAAAGGCCCACAGGGGCCUCCAGGUUUAGAGGGGCAGAUGGGGUCUCCAGGGCACCGAGGACCCCAAGGACACCCAGGACUAAUUGGUGCUCCUGGACCCAAAGGAGAUCCUGGGCCUACGGGACCCAUGGGUGCUCGGGGGGAUCCUGGCUUUGAGGGGCCCAUGGGCACAUGGGGACAACAAGGUCCUAUGGGUUUUCCUGGACUAACAGGUAACAGGGGACGACAUGGGGACAAGGGGGAUCCAGGACUGAAAGGCGACAAAGGUGUUCAGGGAGCAGCAGGCAUUAGGGGUCCUCAAGGAGAAAGGGGCCCCGCUGGCUUCCCAGGCUUCCCAGGGACCGAGGGCCAGCCUGGUCCCAAAGGCGCUGAGGGCACAAACGGUGAAACUGGCCCUCAGGGAAAACAGGGUCACCAAGGGCUAAAGGGGAACAGGGGACCAGAUGGACGUAACGGCAGACCAGGAGACAGAGGGAUCAAGGGUCGGACUGGACAGAGGGGCCACACUGGUCAGACAGGCCCAUUGGGUUUUCCGGGCAUACCUGGACCACAGGGAGUAGAAGGAAAGCCUGGUACACAGGUUCCCAUUCUCUAUCAUAUUUCAAUCCCAUCACCUGUUAAUACUGUUCUCUGCAGGGAAGAAAACUGCAUUGUUGGUAUUUUCUCUGUCCUCAGGGUCUCUUGGGUGCAGCUGGAAGAGUCGGCAGUAAAGGACAGACGGGUUUUCAUGGAAUUUCUGGAGAGAGAGGAACAGAUGGCCCGCGAGGUUCUCCGGGGCCACAAGGGAAAACAGGACCCCCAGGCUCACCAGCACCCCCAGGAGACAGGGGUUUCUCGGGAAAUCCAGGGCGUCCAGGGGAGCAUGGGCAUGCGCGGGCCUCCAGGUUUCAUAGGAGAACGGGGUGAGCCAGGUCUACGAGGUUUACCUGGGCCUGUUGGGAAGCCAGGGCCUGCAGGUGCCUCAGGUCCUCCUGGAGAAAAGGGACCCUGGGGACCUCAGGGUCGACCUGGAGGCAAAGGGCCCAAAGGGAUACAGGGCCCACCAGGCCCUCCAGGUGUCCCAGGACCUGAUGGGGCAACUGGAAAACCUGGACCCAGGGGAAGCAUAGGGCCACCAGGACUCCAGGGGCCACAGGGCCCAGCAGGCAUCCCAGGCCCACAGGGUGCUGAUGGGUCGUUAGGAGCAGCAGGGGAGAGAGGACCCAAGGGUGUACCUGGUUCUCCUGGUGAUCCUGGUCCCACAGGACAAGAUGGACAGCAGGGUCUGCCUGGCCAAACAGGAAAUGAGGGUCCACCUGGACGGAAGGGAGACCAGGGGGACUUAGGGCCUUGUGGGAAACCUGGUCUUCCAGGUCCCCCAGGAGAGAGAGGACUGGAGGGGCCAAAAGGCUUAGAGGGACCACCUGGACCAAUGGGUAAAGAGGGUGAAGUUGGGCUUCCUGGAGAAGCUGGAGAUCUCGGGCCCAAAGGGGAGAAGGGUGAGUUGGGACCUCUAGGCGUAUCUGGACGAGAAGGCCCUUGGGGAACUGUUGGAGAAAAUGGACAAAGGGGACCUAAGGGGGAGAAGGGCCCCAUUGAAAUACAAUGA